GGCGCGAUUGGUUGGUAGUGUGUGUUAAUUAUUUAAGCUGCUAAUUGCACUUUCUUCGGCUUAUCAACCUCUUCACGUCACAAAGGCAAGCUUCGCUGAACUGCAAUGAAAUAUUAAUAUCCUAGAGCGAUUUUUGAAGCGUCGCUUCUUGGUGAUGAAACGCUAUUUGGGUACACAGAUGUUUGUGGGCCUAGAUACAGGCAAAUUGAGAAUUGCGUUUUCCUGUUGAUUAACCACGGACACAAGCGAAAGUUGACAAGAUGAGGAUUUUUGUGCUUUUCGACAGGAUUAGACAUUUACUAGACGUAGAAGUUGGGCAAACAGUGAGCGAGAUAAAAGGUACUCUUCGAAAGAAACUCGAUUUGGACACGGUGCAAAGCGAAGAUGGCGAGAACGACAUGCUUAUGGCGAUUAAUUACGCGGGAUCGAAUUUAGAAGACGAUUGGGUUUUCACGGAUAUUAGUAUUCCGCCAGGUGCAACACUGAGAUGCGAACUGCUAGAAAAUGUUAAAACUUAUCUUAGUGUCACCUGUUCACAUUUGAACGAAACGCUUAAGUUUACCGAAUGGUUUGAUGUAUGGGAGACAAAAGUGGGACAUUUUAAAACGAUGAUUACGGAGAAGACAGGGCUACACGUCAGCGUUUUCCGCCUCGUUUCCUUGGAGGGAAAAGAAAUGUAUGACUGUCACCCAUUGAAGAAAUAUUCCGUCGAUUACGGAGACACGAUUCGUUUGGAAAUAUGGAAUGGCUGGGGUGCGUUUCUUAAAUCUGCCACUUCAGGGCAGUUAACACCGACCAUAAAACACAUGGUUAGUAUUCACGACGAUCCAUUAGUCUUUAAGUACCAGCUUCGGGUAGCGCUGUUCAUUGCGGCUCAUUUCAAUUACACCCAACUCGCCACUCAACUGAUCAAGAGCGGGGCAAGAUGCGACGAGCCGGUCGGAGAGCAUCCUGUGCGAGAGUGGUGCAACAAGGAAGUGCAUCCGGAUCAUUUAAAGACGCCAGUUCACGAGGCCGCACAACACGGCAGCCUUAAUUGUCUACAGAAAUUCAUCCACCACAACUACGCCUGCAUCCUUGCCAAGGACGCACACGGUCUGACACCGUGUAAUAUCGCACGAAGGUACAGGAAAACCGAGUGUUUCAAGCUGCUUAUUGCCGAGCAGUUUCGCUCUCGAAGUACAUGCGGUUUGACGCUAGGAAUAUACUGGCGCGUGCGAAAAUGGUGCGAACGCGCCCGUGAUAGAGCUAUUGUCUUCCAUAAGCAUUCACCUAACCCCCUUCUGCUGGCAAUGGAAAAUAGAACGUACCGAAGUGCCGUGGUGGGACAAAAAGUGCAAGUUGACGGCUUCGGGGAGAAUAUGCAAACUGGCACCUCAAAGAUACAGCUCUCUUUGGAACUCAAGAGUGUGAAAAAUAAGCCAACGGCAGGUGGACAAAGUGGUACAAGUUUGAAAUCAAUACACAGUGACAAAUAUGGUAAUUCCUCGGGAAGUGUCGAAAUUAUGAGUUUUCAUGAAAAAGGCGACAGUGCCGAUUCGGGAAACUAUUCAAGCGAAUCGAGCGAAGAAUCGAACAACGACCGAGCGACUUGUGCGGAUUGCUUGUUACCGUCAGUUUCGAAACUGCGUAGCCAUGGCGAUAUUUCGAAACUGGAAACUUCCAUAAAACACAAGUUGCAAAUUAAGAAUGCGAAUCAAGAAAGACGCACAGCGAAUCAACAUAAAGCGUACAGAUGGAGAGAGAGAGAAGACAGCGAAAUCGUCUUUUUCUGCCAGUCGUCGAGGCAUCACAAGGAAAAACAAACAGACAGUGAAACAAAAACUGAUCAGCGGGAGAGCAUGCCACUGAUUUCAACAAACACAAGCCUGGUCGGAGUAAACAAAAGCGACAAAAAUAUUGAUAUUCAAAUUAUCGAUGAAUCCGGAAAUCAGAGUGCCCACGACUUUUUUGUCACGCAAGAGGUUGCAGUGAGCUCGCAAAAAAAGCCUUAUGAAGCAAAAAAUACAUUAAAAGAAGAAACAAACGAAUCAGCUGAUCGAAUACCGCCCAUUAAACCACCCAGCGAUGAUUUAAGUUUGAAUCAUGUUAGAAUAGACAUCUCCUCGGCAACAAAAUCGGUGAAGAGUUCUAAAACUGACGGCAUGCUUCUCAAGCAACGCCGUAGAACUCUGUCCCUUCAUUCAACGCCUAAACGCCUUCACAGCGCCAACCAACGUCGCCGAGCCAACUCCAGCGAGGAUUUGAGCCUGCAGUUGACUCGCAUGUACAGCAGAGUUACAGGACAAGACAUGCAUGAGGCGGCGAAGGAAAGCAUGGGUGUUGCUAUGACUUUUAGGAAGAAACGAUGGUUACAGCAAGUUCACAUGGCAAUCGAGCUGAAUAAUAACAAUUUUAACAGACAGCUUCACGGGUAUAAAGGGAAGUACGGAGCAGGUCAUGUUUCUUAACAUUGUGGCUGGGAUUAAUAAAAAAUCAAUUUCGAAUUGAUGAUACUCGCAACAACGUUUUUUUUUUUCGUGAAACAAACAGCAAGAACUAAAGGAAAACCCUUAUCACAGAGUUUACACAUUUGAGAAUUUAUGAAAACGCUGACAUAAACAAAUGUUUAUCAUUGAAUUCAUGGCAGGCAGCAAAGUUCAAUUUUUGCCAUGUGCUUGGAUCGUGUAUGUGUUACUAAAUCUCUCUGAUGUUAUACAAUAAUACUUACUCUAGCUAUUUGACGAAAUCCUCGACAAAGACAACGAAAGGAGUUUCCAGGACACUGUAUCUGAGAAAAAGUGAAUGAAUGUUAUCGUCAAACAAUGUCAAAACAUUUACCAUAAAUCAUUUUGUACAAAUCAAAUUGUCUGAUGUUUAAAUUGCUUUCAGACAGAGUUUUCCUUUCAAGCGGUGUGAGCUAAAAGCUACUUCGUUUUCCCAUGUUUCUCUAAAAAUGAAUUCUGAAGGGUUUCGAAGGGUUUUUAAAACAACUUGGCGAGUUUUGGUGCACUAUGUACAGAGCCUUUUCUCUUGAUAAACGAGUUAGUGACGGCCUACGCUCAAGUAGCAAAUAAGUGACUGUUGCCAAAAAAAAAGGGUGACGUUUCUUUCUCGUCUCCCUUGAGUGCUUUAAUGGCCUUGUUUGCUCGAAACGCCUCAAGAGAAGGCUUAAAUCUAAAGCCAUUCAUAACAUGCCACCAGCUAUUAAACGAUGACUCAGUGCGACUUGUACUCGUUUUAAUAAGGGUCUUUUGCCCUCAGAAUUUGAGCUAAACCAUUUUUACUUUACCUACUGAUGUCAAAUUCCAAAAAGGACAAUAAAUCGCCACUUUACCAAUUUA